AUGAUCAUAAAUAAGGAUAACUUCAGUAAGUAUCUAAUCCCAGCAUGUUUAUUGAAAGAAACUGCAUUUCUGCCUCCUCUUUGCCGACUGCUUCACAAACGGUAUUUCUCACAAAGUCAGGCGUCUGUCAAAAUUACUACUUCCUGUCCCUUUCCUGAAUGCAGAAAUAUUGACUCUAUUUUCAUCUCCAUUUCUUUCUUUCUCGCUCUCUCUUUCUCUCUCUCUCUCUCUCUCUCUCUUUCACUUUACUAUAUUUCUUCACAUCUCUUUCCCCUUUUCUACUAUUCUUCGAUUUAUCUUUCUUUUUUAAACCCUCCUCUCUUUUCAUCUCUCGCUGUCCCGCUCUUCCGUCAACUUUUCUAUCCUCUCUCUCUCUCUCUCUCUCUCUCUCUCUCUCUCUCUCUCUCUCUGUUACUCACUUUGCUUUUUCUUCUUCCUCAGCCAAUUUCCACCAUAGGCGGAGUAGGGGUGAAGGUUCUCUCGAUUAAUCCUUUACUUUUUUUUGGGGGGGGGAGUUCUUUUCAUUUUCUCCAUUUUUCCUUUCCAUCCUUCUUCGUCUUGUUUUUGCCUUUCCUUUUCCCUCUCUUUUCCAUUCAUCUUUAUUGUUUUUUCCUUCAAUCCUCAACCUUUUUCUUCAUUCUGAUGUCACUUGUCCUUAACACGUUUUGUUUUAUUUUACUUACAUUUGAUUUCUUUCCCGCGCUUCAUAUUUGCUUUUUUUCUUCCUCUUUUUUCUUAUCCCGUUGUUCGGCUUUCUCCUUUAUCCCUUGGCUCCUCUUUGUCCCUUGCCUUAUAUUCCAUUUUCUCCUUUUCCCUUUGACACACUUUCUCCUUUCGCCUUUAUUCCUCUUUUUCUUUUUCCCUUGGUUCCCCUUUCUCCUUUCCCAUUUAAUCCUCUUUCUCUUUUUCCUUUUGAUUGUAUUUCUCCUUUUUCCCUUUCACCCUCUAUCUCAUUUUCACUUUGUUCUUCUUUUUCCUAUCUUUUCUAUAUCCUUUUUUUUUCUCUCCCUAUUCUUUCCGUUUUCCACUUUUCCUUUCUUUUUUGUUUUAUUCUGUUAUUCUUUUCGUUCUAACUCACCUCCUUAUCAUUUGCUUGCCGUUUUUCUUCACUUUUUCAAUAUCAGAUCAUUUUCUUAG